AUGUCAGAUGUGUUCCGGCAAAGUGACACACAAACCUCUGGUCAAACAAAAAAAUGUAAAAAUCCGCGCCUCGCCUUGUACAACGUAACUUUUGUCGGAAAUUGGUCUCCUGAUUUGUUCCCGAAGCAAUAUCCGGAAUUUCGCCCGCCAGCCCAAUGGAGCAAAACUUUCGGUCGAAUUCACAAUUCAAAUCAUUUUCUCUUCAAAUUGGGCAAACGAGCAUCAAAAGGCAUCGUAAACUUCGUCGAUCAACGAAAUUCCGACAUUUUAGAGAGAGAAGCGACAAACGAAGACAUCUUUAAUGACUUUUCCAUUCCGGCGAUUUCGAAAGGAGUUGGUUUUGAAUCCGGCAAAUUUUUAAUCGACAAUGAGCAUCCGCUUGUUUCGCUUCUUUCGAACAUUAUUCCAUCCCCGGAUUGGUUUGUGGGAGUUGAUAGUUUGAUGCUUUGUAAAAAUGAUCGAUGGAUUGAGAGACUUACAAUUGAGGCAAAACCUUAUGAUGCCGGAUUCGAAUCAGGAUUGACUUUUACAGCGCCUGUGUGGCAAACAACUCCUCAAGGACCCGUUAAAGCAAUUACGCAUAAAGAGCCUUCGCAUGAAGCGUCGAGUUUCUUUUAUCCGGAAUUAGAUGAAUUGCCGCCAAUGGGUUUUUAUCACUUUCAAAAGAUCGCUGAAUUCAUAAAUUCCGAACACUUAAAACAUCAUUGCGCAUCAAGCGGAUUUUCAUCCUUCGAUUUUGACUUUGAAACAGACGACGAAUAUUCGGAGAAAUUAACUUCGACUACAAUGCGUUCCGUGAAGCGUCGCGUUCCGAAUCGCGAGGCAUACGUUUCGCCCGAUUGUCAAGUUGGCGAAUGGAGUGCAUGGAGCGCGUGUUCAAAGGCAUGCGGCAUCGGAGAAACAUUUCGAACGCGAAAAGUCUUGAAACAUCCAAAACGAGGCGGAUUGCCGUGUCCCGCGUUGAAACAAACAAGUUGGUGCGGAUCAUCACGCGACUGUAGCUCAAACGAAAAUUACUUUAGAUGGUAA